CACGACCGAGUCACCGACUUACCACCACUCACACACCAGUGGAGAGAAAAACAUCAACACAGAGAAAGAGGAAUGGCCGUGGUCGUAAUCGACGGAUCUACGGUGCGAAACUUCGUGAACGACGAAUCUCAUUUCAAGAAGAGCGUGGACGAAGCCUUCGCCUCUCUGGAUCUGAACAACGAUGGCGUUCUGUCUCGAUCCGAACUCCGCAAGGCCUUCGAGACACUCCGCCUGAUCGAGACUCACUUCGGCGUCGACGUCGUCACUCCGCCGGAGAAACUCACUCAACUCUACGAUUCGAUCUUCGAGCAGUUUGAUUGCGACAAAAGCGGCACCGUCGAUGCAGAAGAAUUUCGGACGGAGAUGAAGAACAUUUUGCUCGCAAUCGCCGAUGGAUUAGGCUCGUCUCCGAUUCAGAUGGCGCUCGAUGACGGCGAUCAGAGUUUCCUCAAGCAAGCCGCAGAUCUGGAGGCUUCAAAGCUCGCUCAAUCGUCGGCCUGAUCGCGAUUUCUAGAUCCUGAUUCGCCGUUUAUGAAGGAAAGAGCGAUUCAGAUUUAAACCUGUGGAGAGAAAAACGAGCAGAUGAAGAACGAACAGGAUCAAUAUCUAGGAACAAUGUAAAAUGGAGAGAAUAAACGUUUGCUGGAGUUUUUUUUGUGGAGCAAUUUAUUCUGGAAUUUAUAUCGGUGUUUGCUUGUU